GAAAGCCCAGUUUCCUUUUCAGCUGCUACACAGAGAGAGGCGGCAUCUCUGCAACGUGCAGCUGCAGUGGCCAUGGGGAGGAGCACAGGGCAGUUCGUUUUGCUGACCUUCACCUGCGCAUUUUCUUCCUGCUUUGUUGAAAUGGCCCUAGGGGUCGAAGUGUCUCCAGAAACCACAUCCUUCCACUAUACAGCUACUUCUUCUCAGCCCCAUUCCCUCUAUCGUUCUGUACCUCUUCAAGGCACCACUGCUCAUUUUCACAGCACAGGCUCACUUAAAACAGUGGCCAUAAGCCAUAGAACAGCUGUGCAGACAACAAAGCAGCAGGUAACAACAGCACCAGGCCAUAAGCCAACAGCCCAGGCAGGAGCAACCACUGUACAAGUGACCAGCCAGAAAUCUCCCUUAGACAACACAACUGCAAUAGGUCAGGCUACAACCCAGGCAAUGGGAACAGUUGUACCUGCAGUGAGGAACACAACCAUACACGCCAUGUCCACAACCCAGCAAGCCAGAACAGCCGUGAGCACAGAAAUGACAGCAGCAGCCACAAACACAACCGUGGAACACACAAUGUCCAACACACAAAUGCCAGCUGCUGCCACAACCACUGCAGCCACCACCGUGCAAACCACGAAGCCCAGCACGGGCUCAGGAAAUCAAACCACAGCACCUGAAAGUCCAACAACUCCAACCAACACAACCACCAUUCAUCCAGGGACUCAAACAACCACCCCACGUACUACGAGGACAGUGAGGCCCACUCCUGCACCACAGCCUUCUGCCGUCCCCACUGGCACAUACACCAUUUCCAGCGGCAACAGGACCUGUGUCAAAGCCGUCAUGGGAUUGCAACUGGUGGCUCAAAAUACACAGAAGCAGAUGGAGUACAUGGCUGUCAACCCCAACGUCACACAGACCUAUGGAAGCUGUGGGACGAUGCAGUCAGAGCUGAACCUAACUUUCAUUGAAGGGUUUAUAAACUUCACCUUUGUAAAGCAAGCCCCAACAUACUAUGUCAGUAAAAUUGAGAGCAGACUACAGUUAUCUGAAGGCAUGUUUUACUAUGCAGCCAUACAUGAGAAGCUGUUCACAACAAGGCUGGGGAAUUCCUUUAAGUGUACCAGCAAGCAGAUCUUCACCUUGGAGAGGAACUUCCAGCUACUCUUGAUUAAUAUGCAGCUGCAGGCAUUUGAUAUUGUUGGUAACCAGUUUGGAAAAGAAGAAGAAUGUUUUCCCGAUAGAAACAGCAAAGCAGCUCCUGUUGCAGUGGGCCUGAGUAUCCUGGGAUUGUUUGUCAUUAUAUUUGCCACUUUCCUGAUUUCCAGAAGGAAGCCACAUAGAGGAUACGAACGUAUCUGAGGUGCCCUUGUAUUUCCAAAUGUGUGUAGCAAGUAGGGAAGUCACAGGAGUUUUAGGUUCUACCUGGUGAUCACACUGCCCUGAAGCCACAUUUUGAAGUGGGAUGACACCAUGAGUUUAAAUGAAGCGAUUUAAUUAAGGUGGGAAGGAGAGAACUCAUACCAUCUACUUUAAGCUAUUCUUAGCAUCUAAUUUAGAUGUAGUUCAGAGGACCAAAGUGAGGAGCCUGAAUUAUAUAUAUUAUCAACAAAGGAGGCAAUCCAGACCACCUAAAUCAGAUGCCUAAAAAUAGCUUAAAGCAAGCACUGUCACUGUCCCCCAGAAAACCCACCAGGUUUGUUAAAGGUAGCGUUUAGAUUUGUUAGAGUCCAGUAAUAUGACCUUCAAGUGAAUAAACCAGAGGUCCACAGCUACAGCCAACCCCACUAAAUCAGAGCUCAGUGAAAGCCCUGUGUAUGCUGGAGUCUCAGGGUAAGCGUGACUUCUAUUCACGGACGAGUUCUCCCCAGUCCUGUGACAGGGUUACACUUCCCUAAGUUCUUGAGUUUUUCCUACUAAGCCCUUCACAAGGACACUGUGGUAAUAUGUGACUCUUACUCUGGGGCAAUUUUUAGAAACUUUUCUAGUUUCCAGUGUCUGUCUAUGCAAAUAAGAGCAUAUUACCAAGCUGAGAUCAUGUGGAGUCAGUCUGACCAGUAUGUGCUAAAACUAUCCCUUGUUGUUGCUUGUUUGAGCCCUGCUGCAAAGGUGUCUGAAUUUCUUACCAAUAAUUCUUGAACUGCAGCCUCAUAAAGCACAGCACAUGAGAGUAGUCUAGCAUUGGUAAGUUUAGCCUGAAGUGUUGUGCUGCAAAUGACACAGUUCGGGAGCUGAUGGACAGGCAGCUGAGAUGUCUGGGCAGGCGUUUGAAGGCAGUGACUCCAUCCAUCUGCCACACCAGGCCAAGCCUGCUUGCCAGUGGGUACUCAUUGCACAGCAUCCCUUUGCCACAUGUUUCCAAUGCAAUAUGGAGAAAGCUAACCUGAGGGUCUGAAAGCACUGUGACACAGGGGCUACUGCUAAUGCGUGGGGACUGGUGUGAAUUUGUGUGAUAAAUUCAAGGAGCUUAGUAUUUCAUGGUCUUGUGAGACUUCACUAGUCACCCACUCCCUAUUCAGACAUGGACCUGUCACAGUGGCCACCACUGAACUCAGAAACUUUCCUUCUACUGAGAUAACAGCACUGUGAUCUUUCUUAAUCUAGGAAGACACCACUCCCUGAAAAUGCCAGGGAUUAAGAGGGCACAGUUGUGUCAGACCUGCACAAAGUCCGUGAGCAAAGGGAAGUCCACUGAUCACAGAAUCUCAAGGCUUCUCUGGGAAACAAAACCUUGCAGAGGUCUUGGACAAGCUCUCUGUCCAAAAGUGAAUGCUAUCCCGUUUGCUUACAGCUGAGCAGCUGGAUUUUCACAUGGAAAUAAUUUGGAGUUGCUUUAAAGCACACUAAUUGUAACACUCCAUGGUCUGCUUCUGCUAAACUAGUGAUGAAGGCAUGAAAGUAGUAAUUGCUUUUGAGACUAAGUUCAGGUAGUGUUCUUUACUGUAAGAAGGAAAAUCUCCUUGUCACAAAGGAUUUACAAAGCUAAACCUAUGCACAGAUGUACCUAUACACUCAUAUAUGUGCACACAACACAUGCAAAUCUGUUUGCUGCAGCAAACAUCAACAUUAUAAGAAAUUAUAUAUUUAAAACAUUUACAAAGGAUAAAAUAACAUUAAAUAAGAGCUUGUAACUCCCCUUAGGAGUUCAGGCAAUGGCUUAGAUUCUAACAAUAAAAAUUUUGCCUGGAAAAGGACUGUGGAAUGGCACCCAUUAAACAAAAGAAAGACUGAAGUCAUUGCAAAAAUUCCUUGUUAUUAGUUUAAUUUGAAUCUAAAUGAAACAGAAGUGCUGGUAAAGAAUUUGAUUUCCAUUAAUAAUGGCCAAUUAUUAAUAGUGGUAAAAUCUCACUGAAUAUUCACUAGGUAAAACUAAUCAUAAGAUCUUGGGAGUUUAAUUUUUCCUUAAGUAUUUUAAAAAUGGUUUUGAUAUUUCAUUUAUACUUUACCAUGGAGAGUUUACUUAAAUUUAGAAAGAAAGGAAAUCCCUCCAUUCCAUGAAUUACUAGAAGAUGCUGGACUGUGUCAAGCAGGAAACAUCAUCAUACUAGUCUGUAAUUGACAUAAUAUGUAGCUGUACAAGUAAUUAACUGUCUCCAGAAAUGUUGCCUUUGAGUCUGAAUGAACCAAUGAAUGAGAAACAUAAAGACACUUGCUCUUGGAGAAAUGUAGGACAGAAGCCAGAACCAGCUGUGAGGAAGGCAGGCAGUUGAAUAUGAUUAUAUUAGUAAAGUAGCACCAUGAGCAGAAUAUCAAGCUUUCAAAUGUUCAAUGCAGAUACAGUGAUUUGAACUGAAUUCAGUUGAAUACUCAGUUUGAAAGUUGAGUAUUUCAAUUAUUGUUGUGUAAGAGGCUCCAGCACUGUUCAUAUUGCUGAGUGUACUUUAGCUUGUCUAUUUUCACCCCUCCUCCUUCCCCCUUGGAUAGUGGCCAAGCAGCCCACUGAACCCAGUGCCAUUGUUCUGGCCCUUGGCUUCAUAAAAUCCCUCUAGUCCUCAGGGUUACUUAUUACCAUUAAUCUGUUGUUUAGAAAGCAGAUUUUUAUACUCAGUUAAAGCUUUCCCUCUUUUAAACCCAAGAGAAUUUAUGAGAUGUCCAGCAGGAAAAGUAAAUGUCUGGAUGAUCUUCCAUUUGAAAAUGAGCCUGUGUGUGCAAUAGUGAUGUUACCAUCCCAAACUGUUACAUGUGGACACAUUCACAACAAACAUUGCCUAAAAACCUCAGCACUGCCCAGGUCUCACCCUGACUCUUUCUGACUAGUGAUCCAUAGACAUCUUUCCUAUUCAAAACUAAGGCUAUUUCCCAUGGUCUUUGGAUUGCUGGGUUGCGUGGUCUGUAGUUUACUUCUGCUGAUAUGGAUAUAGCAUCAUCUUGUUAUGUCCUGUACUGAAAAACCCUUUUACAUUAGUACUCAGUCUUUUGGUAUUCGAUAUCAACACAAGGAGACAAAACUCUUCUUAAUGGCUGAUAGUUUAAUCUUGUGACACCCUCUGGCAUUUUUACCAAUGAUGCAAGGUUUAAUGUUUUCUUUCUCUGCAUUUUUUUCUUUCUACAGUGAAUCAAACUGUUGUUCUCAACAUUUGAAAUCAGGUUUAUCUGAUUUGUUCUUAUGCUUUUCAUUGUUGCAAUGUGUUUGCUGUUUUUAUAUAGCUGCAUACUGCCCUUUCUAGAUGAAUAGCACUCUGGGCUUGCUCUAAAUGACACAGGUGAAGUGCACAUGGUAUAAACUGACAAAACAAAUGGAUGCUCCUAUGAAAUGCUGCCAACAAGCAACAAAAUUAAUCCAAUAGUUAGUGCUUUACAGUAGUAGAGGCUCCACUGGAGAAUUCUUGACUGCAUCCAGAGAUCCCAGCCCUGCAGAGCAGCCUUUCUCUCACCUGCAGCCCAGUUGGCAGGCUGUGGCCUCCUUCCCUGACAGCCUGCAGCAGGGAUGUGUGUCAUCGUGCCAGCAAGAAGGGAGUGCUGCCUCUGAAUUUCACACUGAAUUAGAAUUAGGCAGCCCAGCUGCUCCCUGACUCACCAUGCACAGCUUUUAAACCUGAUGCCUGUAUUUGUUUUCUGGCAGAAUUUAGGUAGAUAUUCGGCUGUACUGUUUUUGUCUGAUGGAGUUUCUUUGAGGUCCUCCCUGCUCUAUAGGCAGGCUCUAUAGGUGCAAUUGUUCUUGGUUGCCAGACUUUCUCUUUUAAGCAUCUUCUCUGAGGAAACAUUUUGAGCAAAAAGUGAUGAGAAAAAAAGCAUCAUACAAAGAAGAGGCCCUGAGGAUAAGCUAGUUGUACACUAGGUGGACCAUAAUAGUUACAGGAGGGCAGCAGUGCUCAGUUUCUUUGCUUCCUGUCGAUAUUGAUGUCAAUGAAAACAGCAUUUUCUAGGCCUGGCAGAUUGCUUCUCUUCCAGUGCUGCUCUUUGCCAUAGCCAGGCCCUUGUUCAGCAACUUGCUCAUUGCUUGGGACAGGGGUUUACCAACCAACCUGCCCUAAAAAUCUGCAUGCCAAGACCCUUCAUGUAGUCAGCAUGAGACCAUGGACUCAGAGAGCUGAGCAGAGUCUGUUGUGGGAGGGGACAGUGUUGCAGGUGGGUCCGAGAGUGACCAACAACAUCAGCCUCAGCAGCUCCAGCUCACUUUUGCUCCCAGCAAAACUCAGAUCAACCCAACCCUGAGCCAGAAGAUAUUGAUCAUGGUGACAUGAUGCAUCUCCUCAGGGAAAUUACGCUUAACUUGCUUGCAAACAUGUGCUGCUCAGGAUACCGGGAGGCCACUCUUAGAAAUCAAGAAGUGAGCUCCUUGCUGCAGCUCUCACCACAAAACAUUCACUGUGUUCUCUUGCACACUCAGGAGCACAGUAAUGCCAUCCCUACUUAGACAAAAUGCCAAGGAAUUUAUAAAGCAGGAUUUAAUUUCUUUCAGUCCUUUUUGCUCUCUGAGGGACAAACUCCAAAUUAACUAACAGCCAUUAAUUCUGGUUGAAAGAGGGAGCUGUAGAUUAGCAUUUUGAGUGUGUGCUGAUGGUUUGAUUGAUCACUUCUAGCUUGCUAUAAUAUGUGGUUGCUAAAAAAAAUAUUUGCUAUGAGAAGAUAUGCUGUUUAUUUUUCUAUUCUUGGUGUUUCUCUAAUAAAGGUUGUAUUUAGCCAUUAAA